AAACACAGUCCCGCCCUGUUUGGCUCCCGCACAGCCCUGUCCACUGGGCAUCCUCCACCACGGAGAAAUCCACCCACCCAGUCCACUGACCCCACCCACUGCCCUGAACCUUAAAGGAGGCUGGAGCUGUUCAUCGAGAUUGGAGCUGAGAUCCUGCAAGAGCCCAGAGCCAAAAAAGAAGGCCUGUGAGGAGAAAAGUCGCAAGAAGUCGUGAAUUUAUGGGACACUCUGAAGAAAUGAUGAAUACAAUGAAAAAAGGGCUUCUGUGUGUACUGCUGCUUUGUGAAGUAGUCUUCACUUUGCCCCGCCAGGAAAUCUACACCCGAUUCAGAAGAGGAGCCAGAUCCUACAGAGUGAUGUGCAGGGAUGAAAAAACACAGAUGAUUUACCAGCAACAUGAGUCCUGGCUGCGCCCCAUGCUCAGAAGCAACCGAGUGGAGUACUGCUGGUGCAAUAGCGGCAGGCCACAGUGCCACUCGGUGCCCAUCAAAAGUUGCAGUGAGUCGAGGUGCUUCAAUGGGGGGACAUGUUGGCAGGCUAUAUAUUUCUCAGAUUUUGUCUGCCAGUGCCCUGAAGGAUUUGCUGGGAAACGCUGUGAAAUAGAUACCAGUGCCACAUGCUACAAGGAUCAGGGCAUCACCUACAGGGGCACGUGGAGCACUGUGGAAAGCGGAGCUGAAUGUGUCAACUGGAACAGCAGUGUGUUGGCCCUGAAGUCCUACAAUGGGCGGAGACCAGAUGCCAUCAAGCUGGGCCUUGGGAAUCACAACUACUGCAGGAACCCCGACCGAGACUCAAAGCCCUGGUGCUAUGUCUUUAAGGCAGGGAAGUAUACCUCAGAGUUUUGCAGCACACCAGCCUGCUCCAAGGGAAAAAAUGAGGACUGCUACUUUGGAAAAGGGUUAGCAUACCGUGGCACCCAAAGCCUCACCACAUCUGGUGCCUCCUGCCUUCCGUGGAAUUCCAUGAUCCUGAUAGGCAAGAGUUAUACAGCGUGGAAGACCAACUCCCAGGCUCUCGGACUGGGAAAACAUAAUUAUUGCCGGAAUCCAGAUGGAGAUGCCAAGCCCUGGUGCCAUGUGCUGAAGGACCGCAAGUUGACGUGGGAAUACUGUGACAUGCCCCAAUGCUCCACCUGUGGCCUGAGACAGUACAAGCAGCCUCAGUUUCGCAUUAAAGGAGGACUCUUCACAGACAUCACAUCUCAUCCUUGGCAGGCUGCCAUAUUUGCCAAGAAUAGGAGGUCACCAGGAGAGAGGUUUUUGUGUGGGGGAGUGCUGAUCAGUUCCUGCUGGGUCCUAUCUGCUGCUCACUGCUUCCUAGAGAGGUUUCCUCCCCACCACCUUAAGGUGGUCUUGGGCAGAACAUACCGGGUGGUCCCUGGUGAAGAGGAACAGAAAUUUGAAGUAGAAAAAUACAUCGUCCAUAACGAAUUUGAUGAUGACACUUACGACAAUGAUAUUGCAUUGCUGCAGCUGAAAUCAGACUCAUUACAGUGUGCCCAGGACAGCAACUCUGUCCGCACUGUCUGCCUCCCUGACGCCAACCUGCAGCUGGCUGACUGGACGGAAUGUGAACUGUCUGGCUAUGGCAAGCACGAGGCAUCUUCUCCUUUCUAUUCUGAACGGCUGAAGGAGGCUCAUGUCAGAUUGUACCCAUCCAGCCGCUGUACAUCACAACAUAUGUUUAAUAAAACUGUCACAAACAACAUGCUGUGUGCUGGAGAUACUCGAAGUGGAGGGAACCAAGCAAACCUGCAUGAUGCUUGCCAGGGUGACUCAGGAGGCCCUUUGGUGUGUGUUAAGGACAAACGCAUGACUUUGGUUGGCAUCAUCAGUUGGGGUCUUGGUUGUGGGAAGAAGGACGUUCCAGGUAUAUAUACCAAGGUCACUAAUUACCUAGACUGGAUUCAAAAAAAUAUGCAACCAUGACCAAGAAAACUCAGCUCCUUAAAAUCAAAGGAGAUCCUGACUUCUUCCUCUUCAGAAGACA